CUUCCUCCUGUCCUCCCCCCCCCCCCGCCCUCCACCCUGCAACCAUGAAGCUCUCCGUGUUCGUCGUCGCGCUGCUCGGGCUUGCGCUGCCCGCCGCCGAGGCCACGACGCACCUGCGCGUGCACAUCCUGACCGAGAAGGCGGGGCUCUACCAGCAGUGCGAGUGGGAGAACAAGGCCGUCAAGUGCGACACGGGCAUGUUCUGCCAGAUGAAGGAGAAGCACUUCGGCUGGUGCCAGAAGCAGAAGCCCGGACUCAACGACCAGUGCGGCGGCAAGGGCGUGGACGGCCCCUGGGCCGUGCCCUGCAGCGGCGGCACCAACCUCAAGUGCGUGCUCAUCUCGGACCAGUACAGCAAGUGCCAGAAGAAGACGGACCGCGAGAAGAUCAAGAUGCCCACGAGCCACCACAAGGGCGCGGACGGCGAGCAGGAGAAGGUGCCGCUCAACGGCCGCUGCAAGUUCGAGGACGGCCGCAAGAGCUGCGCCUCGGGCCUGCAGUGCAUCGAGGACAGCGAGUGGUCGGGCAACUGUAUGAAGAAGGAGGCCGGCCUCUACGACCAGUGCGCGGGCCAGGAGCUGCGCGGCCUCUGGAAGGCCUCGUGCCCCAAGGGCGCGCUCUGCCGCGAGUCCGACACCUUCUACAGCCAGUGUCUGCCGGAGGCCGUCUCGCGCGCCAUGGACGCCUAGGCAGGCGGUGGCCGGCCGGACCCGUCAAGGCGCAAGGCGCGCCACCGCCCCGCGGGGGAUUCGUAGUGUACAUCGAUCGACGCAAAUUUCUUUUUAUGAACAUGGUAUCAAACUGUUGAC